AACUAUACUACUAGUCUUCAAGCUGUAAAACAUCCAAAACGUAUAGUAGAUCAAUUCAGUGAUAAAUUUUGCAGGAUAGAGACUAAAGUACCGUAUUUAUGAUAAUUCAACUCAAUACGGACCUCCUGAAUUCUAGCCAAUCAGAGGGAAGGUGACAUCGCAGUAGAAGCCUGGGGAGUCUAGGAGCGAGAGUUGAAUUUUCCUUUCCGCCAUUACUGCGACGAUCGAGUCCACAGAACCCCUUCAAAAUGUUGUACUUAGAAGACUAUCUCGAGAUGAUCGAGACCCUUCCGCAGGACCUCAGGGACCGGUUCACGGAAAUGCGCGAAAUGGACCUGCAAGUGCAAAAUGCCAUGGAUACGCUAGAAGAGCGGGUAAAGACGCUUUUCGCCAACGCGAAGAAGAUGAAGCCAGAAGCGCGGGAUGAACAGUUUGAGAAGAUCCGGCAGGAUUAUUACAAAGCACUUGAGGAUGCAGAUGAAAAAGUCCAGCUUGCCAACCAAAUCUAUGAUUUGGUUGACCGGCACUUGCGUAAACUUGACCAAGAACUCCAGAAAUUCAAAAUGGAGUUGGAAGCAGACAAUGCUGGUAUCACAGAAAUUUUGGAGAGAAGAUCCUUAGAGUUGGAUAACCCUACCCCAUCGGGAAGUCAGCAUGGUGGAAAACCCAAGACUGAAAAGAGAAAGUAUGUGACACAGACAGAACACCAGCCCGAGAAGAGACCAGCAUCAGACAAGCUGCUGAGAACGUUGACCAAUGGGACGCCAGACUCUCCUGUCAGUUACCGUAGUAACACGUCGACCCCGCCCACUCCUAGUCUCUACCCAAGUCUGCAGCAGCCUUCUCCUGCACUCACUCUGCCCAACCUGGGUCAGAUUGGUGCAGGAAGUGGUGCUAUUGCUGCUGCCGCUGCUCAAGCUGUCAACCAAACACUGCAGAUGCAACAAGGACGGCGCACCUCCAGCCUUAAGACCACGUACGAAGUGAUGAAGAAUGCCAACCUGACCAACUUAGGACUCGACUUCAACCUGGGGACCAACUACGGCGUCACGGCACAGGCCAACUCUCCCAGCAUCUCUACUGCAGACACUAGCAGGUCUCAGAGAACACAGAAAAAAACACCGAAAGCUGCAGCAGCUGCUGCUGCGGCUGCAGCCGCGGCCUCCACACCUGCGCCGCCCCCUCCACCUGUGGAGACCUUCCAGCCGCAGGCCACCAUCAUAGAGGAGCCCACCACAUCGUCCAUGGACUGGACCUUCGAUCCAAACGAACCAAGAUACUGUAUAUGUAAUCAGGUGUCCUACGGAGAUAUGGUGGGAUGUGACAAUGAAGACUGUCCAAUCGAGUGGUUCCACUACGGGUGUGUCGGCAUCUCUGAGCCCCCCAAGGGGAAAUGGUACUGCCCACAAUGCACUGCUGCUAUGAAGAGGAGGGGCGUGAAACAGAAGUGAAGAAAAUAUCAGCAAAAUAUGCAAUGCAUUAUAAGGACCUGUAGGAUAUAUAUUAUAUAUAUGAAAAGUGUGAACUCAGCCCCUUGCCCUGGUUUGACCUGUUAUGUUUGCAAUGGUGUUAUGUGAAGUGCCGUGGUCAGGUGGUGUACAGAGCAGAGGCCCAAGAAGAGAAGGAGCGGAGUUGACGGUGGGAGCUGCAUAGGUGUUGUUGUUAUCUUGAAAGUUUAUCAUCUGUGUCAGUAGAAAUCAUUACAAAGCAAGUUUAAGCUGUAAUUUCCAACACAAGAAAUUGGACUCACCCAAAUUUUUGACUGCACAACUCCAGUCUUUGUCAAGGAAUGAGCAAUC